AUGUUGUCACCUUCACAAUGUCAAGUCAUUACAAACUUCAUCUUAUACCUUUACUCAUCUUCACAAUGUCAAGUCAUUACAAACUUCAUCUUAUACCAUCUUCACAAUGUCAAGUUAUUACACACUUCAUCUUAUACCUUUACUCAUCUUCACAAUGUCAAGUCAUUACACACUUCAUCUUAUACCUUUACUCAUCUUCACAAUGUCAAGUCAUUACAAACUUCAUCUUACACCUUUACUCAUCUUCACAAUGUCAAGUUAUUACAAACUUCAUCUUAUACCUUUACUCAUCUUCACAAUGUCAAGUUAUUACAAACUUCAUCUUACACCUUUACUCAUCUUCACAAUGUCAAACUAUUACAAACCUCAUCUUAUAACUUUACUCAUCUUCACAAUGUCAAGCUAUUACACACUUCAUCUUAUACCUUUAUUCACCUUCACAAUGUCAAGUCAUUACAAACUUCAUCUUAUACCUUUACUCAUCUUCACAAUGUCAAACUAUUACACACUUCAUCUUAUACCUUUACUCAUCUUCACAAUGUCAAACUAUUAUACACUUCAUCUUAUACCUUUACUCAUCUUCACAAUGUCAAAUUAUUACACACUUCAUCUUAUACCUUUACUCAUCUUCACAAUGUCAAGUUAUAA